AGGUUUAGAUAUUGUCGGAGACGGAAAAAUAUUAUCAUCAUAUGAGGAAGAGCUUAAAAUCUCGUGAAAAUUUUCAAGCUCCCUCUUCUUCUGGGUUGCUCCCAACUCUUUCUUCGAUUUGUUCAAAAAAAAAAAAUCCUCUGUGAAUUGAAUUGAAGGGAGAAGAAUUAGGGUUUCGGAGAUGUCUUCACUCACCUCCGUCGAGAUGAAUUUUCUGGUUUUCCGUUAUCUUCAGGAAUCAGGGUUUACACAUGCAGCAUUCACUCUAGGAUACGAGGCAGGGAUUAAUAAAUCAAACAUUGAUGGGAACAUGGUUCCACCUGGUGCUCUUGUCAAAUUUGUUCAAAAAGGACUCCAGUACAUGGAGAUGGAAGCUAAUUUGACCAAUGGCGAAAUGGAAACUGAGGAGGAUUUCUCAUUCUUUCAACCCUUGGAUCUGAUUUCAAAGGACGUGAAGGAGUUGCAGGAUAUGCUGAGGGAAAGAAAGAGGAAAGAGAGGGAUAAGGAGAAGGAAAAAGACAAAUCUAAAGAAAACGAUAGAGAGGUUGAAGGAGAGCGCAGCCGACUCAGGGAGAAGGAUAGGCAUGAGAAACUCAAGGAGCGAGAGAAGGAGAGGGAAAGGGAGAAGAUGGAGCGUGAGAAGGAGAGGGAAAGAGAGAAGAUGGAACGAGACAAGGAGCGCGAGAGGGAGAAGAUGGAACGAGAAACGUUCGAGAGGGAGAGGGAAAGAAUGAAGCUAGAGAGGGAACGGGAGACGGAAAGGGAGAGGGAGAGAGAGAAGAUGGAGAGGGAAAAGGCUCAAGAAAAGCAGGUUGGAGAUGGUGACAGGGACAUGGUUAUUGACCAAAGUGACAAAGCUAAUGCUGCGGAUGAAGACCAUGCCCGUUCUUCUGCUGCAGAACCUAUGGACAUCACCAUGACUCCUGCUUCUAUGCCAUCUCACAUUCCUAGUUCUGAUGUGAGGAUUUUGGAAGGGCAUACAUCUGAGGUUUGUGCGUGUGCAUGGAGUCCGUCGGCUUCAUUGCUUGCGUCAGGGUCUGGUGAUACGACAGCACGUAUCUGGAAUAUCCCGGAGGGACCAUUAAAAUCUGGUCGUACCAUCAACGCUUUGAUCCUGAAACAUGCAAAAGGAAAGUCAAACGAGAAGAGCAAGGAUGUGACAACUCUUGACUGGAAUGGGGAAGGGACUUUACUUGCCACUGGUUCAUGUGAUGGACAAGCAAGAAUUUGGACUACAAACGGUGACUUGAUAAGUACUCUGAGCAAACACAAGGGACCUAUAUUUUCCCUAAAGUGGAACAAGAAGGGUGAUUAUCUUCUAACCGGAAGUGUCGAUAGAACUGCUGUUGUUUGGGAUGUUAAGGCAGAGGAAUGGAAACAACAAUUUGAAUUCCACACAGGCCCAACACUUGACGUUGAUUGGCGCAACAAUGUGUCUUUUGCAACGAGUUCGACCGACACAUUUAUCUACUUGUGUAAGAUUGGAGAAACUCGCCCUGUAAAAGUCUUUGCUGGUCAUCAGGGUGAGGUUAAUUGCGUGAAAUGGGAUCCUACCGGUACCUUACUGGCCUCGUGCUCAGAUGAUAGUACUGCUAAGAUAUGGAAUAUAAAACAACACAACUUUGUUCAUGACCUCCGAGACCAUACUAAGGUAAACAUAACUCCCAUUAAAUCUUGGAAUAAUGGUUUGGUUAGUCUAAGGAUGGAUAUUUUAUUUAAUUUUCAGGAAAUUUAUACAAUCAGAUGGAGCCCUACAGGACCAGGAACCAACAAUCCCAACAAACAGCUAACUCUUGCGAGUGCAUCAUUUGACUCGACAGUAAAGCUAUGGGAUGCAGAACUCGGCAAGAUGAUAUGUAGUCUCAACGGCCACAGGGAUGCGGUUUACUCAUUGGCGUUUAGUCCAAACGGGGAGUACAUAGCGAGUGGGUCAGUGGACAAAUCUAUACACAUCUGGUCACUAAAAGAAGGCAAGGUCGUGAAGACAUACACAGGAGAAGGAGGAAUUUUCGAAGUGUGUUGGAACAAGGAGGGUAACAAACUCGCAGCUUGCUUUGCUGAUAACUCGGUCUGUGUUCUUGAUUUCAGAAUGUAGUUUUAAAAGUGUAGUAGUAGUAGUCCCUCCUAACACUCUCAGUCCAAACCUUUACUUUGUUGCUGCACAUAUUUAUUAAAACAUAUUUAUUAUUUUAAUUAUUUGCUUUAUUACAAAUAGAGCUA